UAAAUUUGCUUUUUUUUCUUUAGCUUUUGCUUUUGCUUUUCCUCCAUAAAGCUAAAGAUGAUGGAAUAGAAAAUACAAAGGUAAAAAAUUAAGAUUUAAAAUGGGAAAAGCUAGAGCUACAAAUCAACAGCAUCCAAGGCCAAAACUUACCAUCACCCUUUUUCGGUAUCAAUGGAAUCAAUACAAACACCUGCUGCAUCUUCUUCUCGUUGAUGUUUUCCCAACUUCAAUUACUAAGCAUCUAAAUGGCCGCUUCUAGCACAAGUUUCUUCUUUUUCACUUAUUUCCUCCUCAUGUUACUCGUUUCUCCUCAUGUCAUCACUUCAUGUCAAUCCCAUAAUCUGUUACUUAAACGACAGGCCAAGACGCUAGUUUCCUUGAAACAAGCAUUUGUAGACUAUGUUAGUAGUACUCUGUCUACUUGGAACAUUUCAAAUUAUAUGUUCCUUUGCUCAUGGACCGGCAUCACGUGUGACAUCACCAAAUCAGUAACUUCCAUUGAUAUAUCCAAUCUAAACAUCUCUGGCUCUCUAUCACCUAAUAUUCAUCAGCUCACUAGACUUCAAAUCCUGAAUAUUUCCAACAACUUACUAGGUGGAAAUUUGAGCUUGGAGUUUCCCAGGUUGAAUGUCCUUCAAGUGCUGGAUGCUUAUAACAACAAUUUCUCUGGCCUGCUCCCCUUGGGAGUCACUCAACUUCUGCAGCUGAAGCAUUUGAAUUUAGGGGGAAACUACUUUUCGGGGGAAAUUCCUUUGAGCUAUGGUACUUUGAAUCAGCUUGAGUUCCUGUCUCUUGCAGGAAAUGACUUGCACGGUCCUAUACCUCGCGAGCUGGGCAACCUUACAAACCUCAGGUGGCUGCAAUUGGGUUAUUUCAAUCAGUUUGAUGAGGGGAUUCCACCGGAGUUGGGAAAACUGGUCAAUUUGGUUCAUCUAGAUCUCUCCAGCUGCAACUUGAUGGGUCCGAUUCCAGCAGAAUUGGGCAAUCUUAAUAUGUUGGACACUCUCUUCUUGCAAAAGAAUCAACUUACUGGGGUACUUCCUCCUCAGCUAGGAAAUUUGACAAGUUUGAAAUCUCUUGAUAUCUCAGUCAACGAACUCAUAGGAGAGAUCCCAAUUGACUUCGCAGGACUCAGGGAGCUCAUCUUGCUGAACCUCUUCAUCAACAAUUUGCAUGGUGAGAUUCCUCAAUGCAUCGCGGAGCUGCCAAAGUUGGAAAUGUUGAAUCUUUGGCGGAAUAAUUUCACUGGAUCAAUACCUUCAAAGCUUGGGAUGAACGGUAAACUAGUUGAGAUUGAUCUUUCAACUAAUAGACUCACUGGCUUGAUACCAAAAUCUCUGUGCUUGGGGAGGAAUUUGAAGAUCUUGAUUCUACUUGAUAAUUUUCUUUUUGGACCUUUACCUGAUGAUUUUGGCCAGUGCCACACCUUGUCAAGAGUCAGAUUGGGACAGAAUUACUUGAGUGGAACAAUACCAACAGGGUUUCUAUUUUUGCCAGAGUUGUCACUGCUAGAACUGCAGAACAACUAUAUCAGUGGACAACUCUCAGAAGCGAAAAGCUCAGCAUCUUCUAAACUUGAAGGUCUGAACCUGUCAAACAAUCGGUUGUCUGGUGCACUUCCCAGUGCUAUUGGAAAAUUUUCAGGGCUAAAGAAUCUUCUAUUGACUGGAAAUGGUUUCUCAGGAGAUAUCCCUUCUGAUUUAGGCAGACUGAAAAGCAUCUUAAAGCUGGACCUGAGCAGGAACAACUUCUCUGGUGGAAUCCCUCCUCAGAUUGGUAACUGUCCUUCCCUAACUUACUUGGAUUUGAGCCAAAAUCAACUUUCUGGUCCUAUCCCAGUUCAAAUUUCUCAAAUUCACAUCUUAAAUUACAUCAAUGUUUCCUGGAAUCACUUUAACCAGAGCCUUCCUGAGGAGAUUGGCGCAAUGAAGAGCUUAACCUCUGCAGAUUUUUCCCACAAUAACUUAUCUGGAUCAAUACCUGAAUCAGGGCAAUAUUUAUUUUUCAACUCAACUUCCUUCAUUGGCAACCCUUAUCUCUCUGGACCCUACUUGAACAAUGUUACAUCCAACACUCCAUCAAAACGUGGAGAUGGAAGUGACAAUAAAACUAAGGUUCCAACAAUAUACAAGUUCAUAUUUGCAUUUGGGCUGUUAAUCUGCUCCCUCCUUUUUGUUGUCAUAGCAGUAAUCAAGACACGAAAGGGGAGUAAGAAUUCAAAUUUGUGGAAGCUCACAGCAUUUCAGAAGCUAGAAUUUGGAAGUGAAGACAUCUUGCAGUGCUUGAAAGAUAACAACAUCAUCGGGAGAGGUGGAGCCGGGACAGUGUAUAGGGGAACUAUGCCAAACGGCAAUCAUGUGGCAGUGAAGAAGUUGGGAAUGAGCAAAGGCUCCCAUGAUAAUGGUCUAUCUGCCGAAAUUAAAACAUUAGGAAAGAUCAGACAUAGGUACAUUGUGAGACUGCUCGCAUUUUGUUCAAACAAGGAAAUCAAUUUGCUAGUUUAUGAGUAUAUGCUAAAUGGAAGCUUAGGUGAAGUGCUUCAUGGGAAGAACGGCGGGCAUCUCCAAUGGGAUACUAGGCUAAAAAUAGCCAUAGAAGCUGCGAAGGGCCUUUCAUAUUUGCACCAUGAUUGCUCCCCGAUGAUAAUCCACCGUGAUGUCAAGUCCAACAAUAUAUUGCUGAAUUCUGAAUUUGAAGCUCAUGUUGCAGAUUUUGGAUUAGCCAAGUUCUUUCAUAAUAACGGUACCUCUGAGUGCAUGUCUGCAAUUGCAGGCUCUUAUGGUUACAUUGCUCCAGAAUAUGCAUACACGCUGAAAAUUGAUGAGAAAAGCGACGUGUAUAGCUUUGGUGUGGUAUUAUUGGAGCUUAUAACAGGACGAAGGCCGGUGGGAAACUUUGGAGAAGAAGGUGUUGACAUCGUACAAUGGGCGAAAAGAGAAACAAGUUGGAGCAAGGAAGAGGUGGUAAAAAUCUUGGAUGAAAGACUCAAAAAUGUUGCAAUUGGAGAAGCCAUGCAAGUAUUUUUUGUAGCAAUGCUUUGUGUUGAAGAGUACAGCAUUGAAAGGCCUACCAUGAGGGAAGUAGUUCAGAUGCUUUCUCAAGCUAAACAACCAAAUACUUUCCAAAUCCAAUGAUAUAAUCCACCACCUAAUUGUGGCUACUAAUUCUUAUAUAUCUUUAGUUUUUUCCCAUUAUUUCUUGGGUGAUUGGGAAGACCUUUUGUCAUUUGCUAGCGUUUGCCAAAGUGAAAUUAGAAAUUAAUUUAAGUCAGCAGUUGCAAUAAGUUUAUUUUCUAUACCA